UCACAAUGAUCUGGAUUCCGGCUCUUCUCUUUCUAAUGACUCAGAUCUCAUAUGGAGAUUUUCAGCCUGUUUUGGUCCAGGAGCCUUCUGUAAUGGUCCAAGCAGGACAAAAUGCUGAAAUUCCCUGCACUCUGAGUACAGGGAAGAACUUUGACAUCUACAGGGUAAUUUGGCUGCGUGAAACCCCUGGAGGUGCUAUAGAAAUGGUGUACCACUUCAGAACAGGUAGCACACAGGGACAAGGACCUGGAAUCCCUGAAAGGUUCUCUGUGAAAGAUGAUGUCCCGAACAGACGAUGGUAUCUGGUUGUCAAUGGAGUGCAAACAGAGGACGAUACGGUCUAUCACUGCGCCACAUAUUUUGAUGAAACGUAUUGGUAUCACAGUGGUGUAAAUAUCAUAUCAACUGGAGACAUAAACAUCUUCCUCUUUUUUGAACUGCAGGUAACUGUUGAAAGAACUUCAGAUUUUCCACCCAGCUGA